GCGUGGGGGGCGUGGCCGGAGCGCCGGAGCUGUGCCCGGGCCGCGGGCGUUUUCUGAAGCGCCUGAGGAUGUGAGCGGCGGCGCCGCCCGCGGCGGGCGAACGAUGCUGGGCCUCCUGGGCGCCGCGGCUCUCGUGCUGGUCACCGGGGCGCCGUGGCUGCUGCCGGAAGCCGCAGGCGGAAAGACUCUGAAACCUCCUCAAAACGUCGAGGUCAUCAUGAUCGAUGACAGCUUCACUCUCAAGUGGAACUGGAGUGAACACUCUACCACAGAUGUGUUUUUUUCAGCAGCUUACAAGACCGCUGAGAUGGGUGACUGGGAAGAGCUGCCCGGCUGCCAGCACGUUACUAGCACCACAUGCGACUUUUCUUCACUUGAGACAAACGUCUACAGUGAAAUCCAGCUGCGCAUAAGAACAGAGGAAGGGAGCAGCACUUCUCCAUGGCAUGAACUCGACGCGUUUACACCAGCUAAAAUCGCUCAGAUCGGCCCUCCUGGUGUACAUUUAGAAGCUGAAGAUAAGGCGAUUGUCAUUAUGCUUUCUCCUCCUGGAACAGAAGAGAGUAUGUGGGCUUUGGAGCAUUCGUCUUUUAGAUAUAACAUAAUCGUGUGGGAAAACUCUUCAGGUCUGGAAGAGAGUAUUACAACUGCUUAUCCGAAUUAUAAUGUUUACAACCUCUCACCAGAUACUACGUACUGUUUAAAAGUUAGAGCAGAACUACCUUUGCUGAAAAAAAUUGGCUUUUACAGCCCAGUGUUUUGUAUAAACACCACAGUUGAAAAUAAGCUGCCUCCACCAAGCAAUAUACACAUUCAUCCUCGAGAUGGGUUCUUCGCUCUCCAGUGGGACUACCCGUAUGACAAGGUGGCCUUUCAAGCCCAGUGGCUCUAUGCCUUUUUAAAAAUAAAUCCUGAGAGUUAUGAAGAUAAGUGGAAACCAAUUCCUGGCUGUGCAAAUGUCCAAACUACCCAGUGUGCCUUUCAUCAGAAUGAUUUCCCAAAAGGAAUCUACUUCAUCCGUGUACAAGCAUCGAAAGGAAACCACACAUCUUUCUGGUCUGAAGAGAAGAGAUUUGCCACUGAGAAACAAACUGUCAUUCCUCCCCCCAUCAUUAGUGCGAAGUCCAUCAACGCUAAUUCACUGCAUGUCUCUAUCGGCACUUCCAAAGAUUCUGGAAAUGGCUCUGUGGACUCGUACUACUCACUGGUCUAUGAAGUUGUCUUUUGGGAAAACUCUUCACAUUCAGAGAGAAAACGUCUAGAGAAGACUGAUUUCACUAUCCCUGACUUGAAAGCAUUGAUGGUGUAUUGCGUCAAAGCCAGGGCCCUCUUGAAAGAUGACAAGCAGAACAGAAGCAGCACCUUCAGCAACACUGUGUGUGAGGAAAUACAGCCAGGAAAUGCUUCCAAGGUCUGGCUUAGUGUUGGAAUUGGCACUGCAUUAUUUUCUAUCAUAGCCGUCUUUUGUAUCAUGAAAUUCAUAUCGGAAUGUAUCAAGUACGUGUUCUGUCCAUCAAAUAAACUCCCUUCGACCAUAGAUGAGUAUUUCCCUGAACAGCCGCUGUGUAAUCUACUCCUUUCCCCUUCCGAGGAACAAAUGGAGAGAUGUUUCAUCAUUGAAAAUAUGAACAGUCUUACUACCGUGGUGGAAAGCGGUCACAGUGAUGGAGAUCACAAGAGGUACAGUUCCCAGACCAGUCAGGACUCCGGAAACUAUUCUAACGAAGAUGAAAAUAAUGAGAGCAAAACCAGUGAGUGAAGGGUUUCCACAGCAGCAUCCAGUGGGACCGGCAAUACAUCGAAAACCUCCAGGAGCUUUGUGGAAGUCCCACUGGGAGCCCGAGCCCCUCGCUUCUCGCGGUGACAGGACAUUGGCUCCUUGGAGAAGAAAAAGCGUCUUCCGGCCCCGGGUCCUGACAAGCACUAAACAUCUUCAAAUGGUGUCCCAGUAAUCGGGGGAAA